AUGAGCGAGCAAUUUAUUAAGGAAGAGUCGCAAGCCCUUGUUCCUCACAAUUUACACCAUCCGGCCUACUCAAGCAUCGCAUCCGAAAAUGGCGAAAUCCGAUUGUUGGAACUACUGCCUGGAAAGUACGACGAUCCUCUCUCAAUGCGCCUGCUGCCGAAGAAGUCAAACGAAGACAUCGAAUACGAAGCUCUUUCAUAUGCGUGGGGAACGACCGAUAGUCCGCACGAAGCUCUUCUUGAUGGUACCCCAACUUCUAUGAGAACAAGCCUUGAUCUUGGCCUCAGACGCCUCCGGUAUGCUGAGAAGUCCCGCAUCCUGUGGGUCGACGCCUUGUGUAUCAACCAGAACGAUGUCCAGGAGCGAUCUCAUCAGGUUCAACAAAUGGAGAUGAUAUACAGCUCAGCGACGACCGUACUGAUUUGGCUUGGAGAGUUGCCAUCAUCCAAUACGUGCCAAGAUCAAGAGCGCUGUGAAAAAGCCUUUUCUGAACUUCUUACUGAAUCGCGCCGAAUAAACUUAAUGCUCGGUUCCGCCACUCAGGACAAGCUACGCUUCUCGAUGAUGUCCAAAUUUCUAAAGCAAAAUGAGCUGUUUUACGAUAUACGCCAUUUCAUGGGACACCUUUCGGACACUUGCUCUCAACCUUGGUUCAGACGGUUAUGGAUUAUUCAAGAGUUCAUCUUGGCCAGAGAAGAUCCAGUGAUACACACAGGACGACACGUUGCAAGGUGGCUAGACUUCUUUUAUGCUAUAAAAAUGAGUCGCGCAUGCUGGGUGAAUUUCCGACGCGGAGUUAAGGGAGUCUAUCCUCAGCUUUUUGCGAUGGAAGAUUUCUGGAAAAUGCGACACACAGGUACGAAGAAGAAGAAAACCCUGAUGUGGUGGCUAUCCUGUUCGUUCGAUUCUGGUGCCACAGACAACCGGGACAAGAUUUACGGGCUACUAGGAAUCUGUGACUUCCAAGUAGCGGACCCAAUUAUACCUGACUAUUCGAAGAGUUUUCAACAAGUCCUCGCCGAAACUCUUGUAGUUGAUAUACUAGAACGAUCCCCAGUGCGCUAUCUCGAACGUCCCUUAACACCCAUCGUAGCAUUCGACAGAGACCUUCACAGACCUUCAUGGUUGUUCGAUGAAGAGGGAUUUAGAUGGUCGCCUGAAAUGCGAAGACCUCUGAUACUAUCUUCAAAUGAGCGGAAGCGGCGAAACAGCUUGCUGCGCCUGUCGGAAGAUGGCCGAACUCUUUUCACACAAGGUCGCUAUAUCGGUACAAUCUCCGCCGUUUUGUCUUGCGUGACAACUGGAGACGACUCCAAAGAGAAGGCUCGUUUAGUCGCCGAGUUGUGCGAAUUUUACCACAAAGUUCUGAAACCGAUCAAUAUAACACCGCAACGUCUAUUUGAGCUUGUAAGACCCAACAACAAAACAUACGGCGAUUCGAACGAGUUUGCUGCUCAUUUGUCGGGAGUUGGGAACGAAGCCCCUUCAAACAUAGAAAUCAGAGAGUUUGGUAGUAUGAAAAGGCAACUCUGCAAAGACGACCCUGGAUGCUCUCAGACUCUGAUAGUCACGGAAGAAGGUGAUCUUGGAAUGACAUGGCAUGUAGAUCAAGUUGGAUUACAAGCUGGUGACAUCGUCGUCAAUUUGUUCGGGUACAACGUGCCUAUCAUCCUGAGGCCUUCUGAAAGAGCUCAGGUGCAUGUCAUGCUUAACAUCGCUCAGUUCGAUUCGAGGAUGGGAAGCUACGGCUACGAUUGGGUUCGAUUCGAGGAUGUAGGAAGGGAAGAGUACGUACUUAUCUGA